AUGCAGGCUGCAUGCAAUGGGAUUUGCAAUCACUCCCUUCUCUUUCGUCUUUUAAAAUUGGUAAUCUGUCCUAGUGAUGAUAUGGGGUCAACCAAUGGAUUGGUAAGCCCACCUGGGAAGAAACCUCUUUUUUCAUUUGGUGUAAUCUCUGAUGUCCAGUAUGCUGAUAUUCCUGAUGGUCAGUCAUUCCUUGGUGUUCCCCGGUAUUACCGACAUAGCAUUUGUGUAUUGCAGAGGGCAGUUCAAAAGUGGAAUAACCACCGGAAUCUUAACUUUGUGAUAAACUUUGGGGAUAUUGUGGAUGGGAAAUGUCCGUCAGACCAAUCUCUAGAUGCUGUAAAGAAAGUAGAUAAUGAAUUUCAGAAAUUCAAUGGUCCUGUUUAUCACUUGAUUGGCAAUCACUGUCUCUACAAUCUUCCCCGUGACAAAUUGCUACCAUUAUUGAAGAUACCAGGUCUCAAUGGCCAUGCCUACUAUGAUUUUUCACCUAGUCUAGAAUACAGAAUUGUUGUACUGGAUGGCUAUGAUAUCAGUGCCAUCGGAUGGCCUCAAGGUCAUUCUAAAACUUUACAAGCAUUGGAAUUUCUUGAGACGAAAAACCCAAAUUCGGAUAAAAACAGCCCAGCAGGACUGCUGGGUCUUGAGAGGAGGUUUGUUAUGUUCAAUGGAGCUGUUGGGAGAGAACAACUUGAAUGGUUAGAUGGCAUACUUAAGGAUGCAACAAAGCUGAAGCAGAAAGUGAUUGUUUGUUGUCAUCUGCCUUUGGAUCUUGGUGCAUCAUCUCAAGAAGCACUUCUAUGGAACUAUGAUGAAGUAAUGAACGUAAUCCACCGGUACAAUUGUGUCAAGGCAUGCCUUGCUGGACAUGAUCACAAAGGGGGACAUUCAAUUGAUUCCCAUGGAAUACACCAUAGGUCCUUUGAAGCAGCCCUAGAGUGUCCUCCUGAUACAGAUGCAUUUGGGCAUGUUGAUGUUUAUGACAACAGGUUACUGCUUUUUGGUACUGAUAGGAUGCAGAGCACUGAAAUGUCAAAGACAGCACAGGAAGCUUAA